UUUUCUUGACAGACUGGGGCACCAUAUUAUGUACAGGCUGCUGUUUAAUUUAGAAUGCGUGGACUGAUUGCUGUGUUGUGUCUGUCUACGGUAUGGGGGUACCGUCAUUUCCAGGACGAGAUUCCUAAUGGCGGAAAUGUGCCACACCCGUGUAUGGCCAACUACAUAUGGAAGGGCGUUGGCCACCUGAACCCCCUCGGAGGAGGUGACAGAAACCCGUUUGGAUUAGAAUUCAAGAACGCUGGAAUGACAUGGACAAAAGCCCUGUGUGAGAUGGACUCGGACGGGGAUGGAAUAACUAACGGGGAGGAACUAGGAGACCCGGAUUGUGUAUGGACUAAAGGAAACACCCCAACAGCCACAACCGGUAUCAGUCACCCUGGGGUGUGUACUCCUUACUCCGACCCCUUGUGUCAGGCCUCUAACUCCUGGAUUGACUGUAACGCCGGGUUCCAGUGUGACGCCCUCAGCGAUGUUGGAACGAAGAGCAUAACUGUUCGAUUUCCGGAGAUGGCGGUUCCGCCUACAUCAACAAGCUCUUACUGUAUGCUGUUGGACCUGCCGACAGAUGGGGACUACCACCUGGUAGCUAACACACCCUAUAUCAACAACGAGGAGGUCACACAUCAGAUUUUACUGUAUGCAUGUGACGAAAAAGCUGCUACCCCGAUAAUGGACUUUUCUGUAAACACUACGCAGUCGUGCAGUUCGGCCAUCCACCAGACUUGCACAGUUCUAAUUGGAAAAUGGAGUGAUGGCUUGAAUGGAGAAUGCCUGCAUAAAGAUUUUGGAUUUCGGAUAGGUCAGAAUGGCUUCAAGAAGGCUUUAAUGCAGAUUCACCGGCACAAUCACAAGCUCCGCUCCGACUUCACAGACAGUUCCGGGAUGACGCUGUAUUACACAGCCAAUCGCCGCCUGAACGAUGCAAAUAUUAUGACGAUCGGUCAGCAGUACUUGGCUAUUCCUCCAGGGGAGGCAGCGUACCAGGUGGAAGGCAGCUGUUCCGCUGACUGCUCGAGUCGAAAGAUUUCUUCCACUGUCUACAUCACGAGGGCAUACAACCACAUGCACUACUUGGGACGUAAACAGAGAAUCGAGCAAUAUAGGAAUGGAGUGAAACUAAGGGUCAUAGCUGAUGACAAUGUGUUUAGCAGUGAUAGUUCCGUCACUCACGACUUCCAUGAUCCUAUCGAGCUCCGGCCGGGGGAUGAACUGAAGACAACAUGCACCUUCAACUCAAUUGGAAAGACCGAGACUACAUUCCAAGGGAACGGAAACUCGGAUGAAGCGUGUUUAAGCUUUCUUGCAUUUUACCCAGCAGAAAACAUGAAAAUGCCUAGUUGUGUCCAAUGGAAGGGAAUCGACAUGUGUAAAUGGACCGACUACAGGGAAGAGUUCUCUGUCAUCGACGGAUGCAACGUGCGUUCUUUUCAAAAUACCACACAUCCAGAUUUUCAGGAUUUGUAUCAUAACGUUAUGGACACCUGUAGACCAUUCAUGUCAUGCUUGAAAGAAUGCAAAGAGUACACGGAAAAAGUACUGAGCAAGAAUGCCUGUCUCAUUGGGGAUGUUGGAGACAUGUUUAGAAAAUUAACUAAAUCUUCACCAGAUGUUGAGUAUACAAAAUUUUGGGGAUCUAUUGAUUCCUGUAAGCCCAGAAAGUCAUGUCUGUGUGAAACAGAGAGUGAAACAAAGAAUAUCCCCAAUCAGUGUUUAAAUAGCACGGGUGGUGCUGGCAGCGUUAGGGCCUCCACAUUUGCCUUCAUCCUGUCUCUUCUUGUCUAUCUUUUGACAGUGUAAGUAAACACGGGGUGAUGUGUUGACUGAUAAACCAAGCGCAGAGACAGAGUCCAUACAUGGCUCAGCGAUUGAGCGGUUACUUAUUUAAAUGGUUCAGAAUCAGGGCUGUCUAUGUAUUGAAUUUCCGGCUUGUUUAAUGUUGUUCUCCGUUAUCAGUAUGUUCCUAUGAGUAGAUCAACGCAAGCGAUAUUUCGUUGAAUGCGAUGCCCCUAUGUUCUUUCUUGAAAUCAACUUUAUAUUGAAGAAAGAAUUGAUUAAUCAAGCGAUUCUACGUACUGGUGUUACUUUUGAGAUAAAAGAUAAGUUAAAUGAUAUUUGCUUCUCAAAGUAUUCGCGAUUAUUUUGUGAUAAUGCAUUUCUGACUAUACAAUAAAUCUAAACCAAAUUUA